AUGGAAUUCUCUUAUUUCUUAAAAUAUUUAAAUAUUGAUCCUAUUCAAUAUCUGUCCCAACCUGUUCACAUCUAUCUAUCUAUCUCUGUUCUAUCAUCUAUCUAUUUAUCUAAGUCCAUUUAUCUAUCUAUCUAUCUAGGUCCAUUUAUCUAUCUAUCUAUCUAUCUAUCUAUCUAUCUAUCUAUCUAUCUAUAUAUUGUGGUCCAUUCUUUCAUCUAUCUAUCUAUCUAUCUAUCUAUCUAUCUAUCUAUCUAUCUAUUGUGGUCCAUUCUUUCAUCUAUCUAUCUAUCUAUUGUGGUCCAUUCUUUCAUCUAUCUAUCUAUCUAUUGUGGUCCAUUCUUUCAUCUAUCUAUCUAUCUAUCUAUCUAUCUAUCUAUCUAUCUAUCUAUCCAUUCUUUCAUCCAUUCUUUCAUCUAUCUAUCUAUCUAUCUAUCUAUCUAUCUAUCUAUCUAUUGUGGUCCAUUCUUUCAUCUAUCUAUCUAUCUAUCUAUCUAUCUAUCUAUCUAUUGUGGUCCAUUCUUUCAUCUAUCUAUCUAUCUAUCUAUCUAUCUAUCUAUUGUGGUCCAUUCUUUCAUCUAUCUAUCUAUCUAUCUAUCUAUCUAUCUAUGUCCAUUCUUUCUUUCAUCUAUCUAUCUAUCUAUCUAUGUCCAUUCUUUCUUUCAUCUAUCUAUCUAUCUAUCUAUGUCCAUUCUUUCUUUCAUCUAUCUAUCUAUCUAUGUUCAUUCUUUCUUUCAUCUAUCUAUCUAUCUAUCUAUGUUCAUUCUUUCUUUCAUCUAUCUAUCUAUCUAUCUAUGUCCAUUCUUUCUUUCAUCUAUCUAUCUAUCUAUCUAUCUAUGUCCAUUCUUUCUUUCAUCUAUCUAUCUAUCCAUGUUCAUUCUUUCUUUCAUCUAUCUAUCUAUCUAUCUAUCUAUCUAUCUAUGUCCAUUCUUUCUUUCAUCUAUCUAUCUAUCUAUGUUCAUUCUUUCUUUCAUCUAUCUAUCUAUCUAUCUAUCUAUCUAUCUAUCUAUCUAUCUAUCUAUCUAUGUCCAUUCUUUCUUUCAUCUAUCUAUCUAUCUAUGUUCAUUCUUUCUUUCAUCUAUCUAUCUAUCUAUCUAUCUAUCUAUCUAUCUAUCUAUCUAUCUAUCUAUCUAUCUAGGUCCAUUCUUUCAUCUAUCUAUCUAUCUAUCUAUCUAUCUACUAUCUACUAUCUAUCUACCUACUAUCUAUUUAUCUAUCUAUCUAGGUCCAUUCUUUUGUCUGUCUGUCUAUUUAUCUCUCUAUCGAGGUUCAUUCUUUUGUCUAUCUCUUUAUCUAUCUAUCUAUCACAGUCCAUUCUUUCAUCUAUCUAUCUAUCUAUCUAUCUAUCUAUCUAUCUAUCUAUCUUAA